AUGAACAUCAUAACAAAUUCAGAAGGCGAAGUUGUCAACACCUACAAUCCAAGCCAGGUUCUCUUCUUUGGGAACCUGGAAUUCAUUGUCGAUUCAUACCGAGAGCUUCACCUCUGUAGCCCUGCACAUUGCCAAACACAUGAGCUGGAGCUGAUUUUCAUCAACCCACCCACCUCCCAUUUCGUCGCCAACGUGGAGUCGCUUCACGACGUCCUCGGAGAGCAUGAUGUGGAGGAAGAGGAGAGCAAUGAAAGCUGCCCAGAGGCCAUCCCGGUUCGUCCAUGGCCUUGGCAGACAACUGCUUCUUACAUGGUUGACAACCACGUCGGUGGCAGGGACAACACCAAUGCCGAGGACUUCGACGACGAUGAUGCCCUAGGUGAGGAUGACCCAGCUCUACUCACAACUCCCGUGAAGGGUACCGACGAGCCUUCCAAGAAAUUCGAUUCAAGAGAACUCAUCUACGCGGAAGGUCUUUUAAGUGCAAGUUGUACCCGCACAGAAAUUUUGCGCCCUCAACUACACCAGGAUGCCUCCUGCAUUAGCAUCACAACUUCUCUCACCACGGACAGCUCGCUAGUCUUCUUGCAUCAGCCACGCCUAAUUGGCCUCACAUCCCUCACGGUCGGGUAA